CAAAGCAGACUGAAGAAUGUGCUCAGAUUGAAAGAGUGGAGCCCAACCGGGGCCUAUAUAUCUUUCAAUCUUGCUUCACCAAUUCCUGGAGAUAAUACUGCAUGUCGCUGGCCACUUUCUGUCACACAAAGAAAAUCCUUUAAGGAGGACAACUGAAAAAAAAGAAAAAAAGAAAGAGUUUUUUACCUGAUUUACAAACAGCAAAAAUGAUUUUUUGGAACAGCUCAUUGAGCUGGAUGACCUGCAUCCUCUUUUUUGGCUACAGUGCUUCAAUACUCACUGCAGACAGCUGGUAUCCCAAAAGCCUUCCUUGUGAUGUGUCUAUGGAAAAAAAUGGAACAACUGUCCUAGUUGAGUGUAAUGAACGUCGACUUACAGAGGUGCCAAAGGGAUUUCCAGCAAAUGCCACAAAUUUAACUCUCACCAUUAACCAUAUACCAAACAUUUACAAGAUGUCCUUUGCUGGACUUGAGAACCUCACUGAAAUUGAUUUCAGAUGUAACUGCGUGCCUGUUAAAAUAGGACCCAAAGAUCAUGUGUGCACCAAAAGUCUUCAUGUGGAAGAUGGAAGCUUUUCCUCACUUACAAAUUUAAGGUCACUGUACUUAGAUGGAAACCAGCUCUCCGAAAUACCUAAAGGCUUGCCUCCCAACUUGCUGCUGCUAAGCCUUGAAGUAAACAAGUUUUCUGCAAUUUCUAAAGAAAACCUCUCAGAAUUAACAAACAUAGAAGAGCUCUACCUGGGUCAAAACUGUUACUACCGCAAUCCAUGCAAUGUUUCUUUUGAUAUUCAAUAUGGGGCUUUCUAUGACUUGAAGAACCUUGCUUUAUUAUCUCUCAAAUCAAAUAAUUUAUCUAAAGUUCCUCAGAACCUACCCCCAAGUUUAAAGGAGCUUUACUUAUAUAAUAACAGGAUUCAACACAUAGAUAAAUAUGAUUUCAUAAACUUGACUAAACUGGAAAUACUCGAUUUGAGUGGGAACUGCCCUCGAUGCUACAAUGCCCCUUUCCCAUGUACUCCAUGCCCUAAUAAUGCCCAAAUCAAUAUUGAUCUACUCGCUUUUGACACGUUAAAAGAUCUGAAGAUACUACGCCUUCAUAGCAAUUCUCUUGAGACAGUCCCUUAUCAAUGGUUCCAACAUACAGGAAUGCUAAAAGUUCUAGAUCUUUCCUCAAAUUAUUUGGCUAAAGAAAUUGAAAGAGCCCAGUUUUUGAUGAAUCUCAGCAAGCUGGAAGAGUUAGACCUAUCAUUUAACUUUGAGCUACAGCAAUAUCUUCCAUUCCUAAGUCUUUCUGAAACCUUUUGUAAUUUAACCUCGCUCAGAGUCCUAAGAAUCAGGGGUUACGUUUUUAGAGAAUUAAGUGAAGCAGCCUUUGAGCCGCUGAAAAAACUUAAACAACUGGAAAUUAUUGACCUCGGAACCAACUUCAUUAAAUUGGCCAACCUGAGUAUCUUAAGAGAGUUACAGGCAUUUCACAUCAUUAAUCUUUCUGAUAACAAAAUAUCACCUUAUUCUAACGAUUCACCCUAUGUUCCAAGGUCUUGUUCAACUGCAAAUACUACCAGGGCUCCAUUGGGAAGUAGGACACAGUUCUACUAUGGAGAAGUCCGGGAUAUUCACUAUUUCAGGUAUGAUGAGUAUGCACGCAGUUGCAAGUCCAAGGACAAAGAGGCUGGUUCCUUGCAUCCGAUUGUUAAUAAAGAUUGCAGUCGGUUUGGAAAAACACUGGAUUUAAGCAGAAAUAAUAUAUUUUUCAUUAACCCAAUAGAGUUUAAACAUCUUGGUGACCUUAGAUGUCUCAAUCUAUCAGGCAAUGCCAUGAGUCAGUCUUUGAACGGCUCUGAGUUCUUUUACCUUUCUGAACUGGAGUAUUUAGAUUUUUCCAACAACCGCAUUGAUUUGCUGUACUUUACGGCAUUCCAGGAAUUGAAAAAUUUGAAGGUUUUAGACCUUAGUCAUAAUAACUUUUACUUUUUGUCAGAGGGGAUAACACACAUGUUGAACUUUACCAAAAACCUGCCUAAACUUCAAACUCUACUGUUAAACUAUAAUAAAAUUUCAACCUCGACAAACACAGUUAUGGAAAGCCAUUCCCUGGAAAUAUUGGAGUUCAAAGGAAACCGUCUUGAUAUUUUAUGGAGAGAUGGAGACACAAGGUACAGUUAUUAUUUUAGAAAUUUGUCAAACUUAAUCCAGCUUGACAUCUCUCACAACAGCCUUAAUUUUAUACCUCAACUGGUUUUUAAAGGCAUGCCAUCAAAACUUCGUGAGCUGUACUUGAACAACAACAAGCUGACGUCUUUCAACUGGGGGAAGCUGCAAUUGCUCACACACUUACAAGUCCUAGACCUCAGCAACAAUAAACUUAAGACUGUUCCUCGUGUGCUUUCCAACUGCACCAAAACUCUCACCAAAUUGAUUUUGCACAAAAAUCAAAUCCCAAAGCUCACCCAAUAUUUCCUCGAAGAUGCUUUUAGCCUGAAAUAUCUGGACCUAAGUUUUAAUCAACUCCAAUUUAUCAUGAAGUCUAGCUUCCCAGAAAAUGUUGUCAAUCGACUGGAGGUCCUACUGCUGAACGGGAACAAAUUUAUGUGCACAUGUGAUAAUCUAUGGUUUGUUAUGUGGAUUAACCAAACGACAGUCAACAUUCCCCGUCUGGCUACAGAUGUGACCUGUGCAGCGCCUGGAGCACAAAAAGGCCGCAGUGUCCUCUUCAUCGAUCUUCACACAUGUCAGCUCAACUCUCUUUCCAUCAUACUACACAUCUUGUCAACAUCAAUCAUUCUCUGCCUCCUUGUGAUUUCAAUUUCAAGUCAUCUCUUUUACUGGGAUGUAUGGUACAGUUACCACUUCUGUGCUGCAAAACUCAAGGGAUAUCAAACCUUGUCCUCGCAAAACAGCAGCUAUGAUGCCUACAUUGUGUAUGACAAGAAGGACUCUGCGGUUUCUGACUGGGUUUUAAAUGAGCUGCGUAUCCAUAUGGAAGACAAAGGUGACACCUGCUUCCAGUUAUGCCUAGAUGAAAGAGACUGGAUCCCUGGUCUUCCAAUCAUAGACAAUCUUUCCCAGAGUAUCCAACAGAGCAGAAAGACUGUGUUUGUCCUAACCAACACAUUCCUCUCAAGUGGGAACUUCAAGACAGCUUUUUAUUUGGCUCAUCAACUACUUAUGGAUGACAAAUCUGAUGUGAUUAUUUUGGUUUUUCUUGAAAGAUCGCUUCAGAGUUCCAAGUAUCUAAGACUUCGAAAGAGACUCUGCAGAGGCUCUGUUUUGGAAUGGCCCAAAAACCCUCAAGCCCAGCGCUAUUUUUGGCAGUGUUUGAGGAACGCAUUGGCUACAGAGAACAAUACACAGUAUAACAAACUCUUCAGGGAGACUCUAUAGUUCAAUAUUGCUUUCUAUAGCAACACAUUAUGUUAAUAUAUAUAUUAUUGUAAAAUAGUAGUGAAAUAAGAAAAAUGCAUUUUUUUAAUCACGACAGCUGAUAUUAAUGAGGAAUGAUAUGUAUAAAUAUAACUAUUAACACCAUUUUUUACUGAUAAAUUAUGACUAUGCAUGUGCUGGGCCAAAUGGAAAAUUAGAUUAAUUGGAUUAAUUAAUGAAUUACUGAGGAACACAAAUGUAAAAAUAACUUUUUCUUUUGUAAUCUGUUAUGUGUUAAGAUACUGUUGUCUAUUCCUAACCAUUAAUGCAUGUUCUAUCUACUGUAUUUCUGUGUACAUGUACUAUGGUUAUUAGUGUUAAUUCAUGUGAAUUUGCAGACAUUUUAAAAAAGUGCUGCCAUGCUUGCUUACACUACUACUGCGCCAGAUAGUGGAACUCCUGUAAACAUUACAAUGUCAUGCACUUAUUUGUUACAUUAUAAUUCAGAAAUUUAAAUUAAUUGUUGAGUAUUCAAGACACAUACAACGCAGUACAGUACAGAAAGCAAGCAGUACAGUCAGUGCUGCUGAAAAAUAAUUUACUUAUCUGAUUGGAGCUUAAAAUACUUUAUUUUAGUCAACGGUACCUAGAGUUUUCAGUCUAAAAUAUCAGUAAAAAUAUAGUAGGCUCUUAGUUAGUGUUAUAUUAUUAGCCACUGUAUUUUUACAUUGAACCACGUGAAGAUAAAAGAGGAACUCUAUAACAUAUGCUCAAGUUCUGUUUUAUUUGUCAACUGCUCUAAAACAGCCACAGUUUCUAUAAAUAAAAGAGCCUACUCCCUAGCAUGUCAGAAACUGUACUAUUACAAACAAAAUAUAGCAAUGUUUACUUUUACUGUUGUUUCCUGCAUUGACCUCUGAUAUGGAAAGAAAAUAAACCUGAUAAUGUUCCUAAACUAACCACAUAAAACGUAAUAUUUAUUUGCCAAACUAGUUUUGAUAAAUAGGGUAAAAUUCUGUUCAUCUACGGUCAAAGGAACACAUUCAAACAAACGGGCAUGCUGAACUUCGGUUGGUGCCAAAGCAUCAAGGGGAUAGAUGCUUGAUCUGCAAGGGAAAGAGAAUUGAGAGAGACGUGUACGCGCCACAUUACAGGCUGAAGAGAAGUUAAGAAGAGCUGGCUGUUUCUACUAAUCUUUGGGCAUAAAGUACACACAUUCUAAACU